AAAAUUACCAAUAUGCCCUACGCUUAUGCAAUGUAUUGGCGCACUACGGGAUACCUUGUCCGAAAGCACAAUGUUCGCAUUGAAUCCAAACACGGUCCUAACUCCGGCCUCCUCCCGCUGACGUCUCCUCCAUCUGGAGCUGUAAUGGCUUGGAACGUGUUCAAGUUCUGUACGGCCCUACGCGGCCUGGGCUCGGUCAUGAUACUGUUGGUCCUUGCCGUCGUGGGUCUCACCUAUUACGCCGUCGUAUUCGCCAACUAUGGCCCGGCUUUGUACCAGGGUGAUAUCGCCCUUCUCACUUCACUUGCUGUCUUGAUCUUGUUUCACAUCCUUUUAGUGAUGCUAUUGUGGAGUUACUUUGCUGUUGUAUUUACGGAUGCGGGAAGUGUGCCACCCAAUUGGAGGCCUGUUUUGGAUGAGGAGAGCGGUGAUGCUGAUCCCUUGACUGGGUCAGAAUUCAGUGGUAUGCCAGCAGACAUAACAGAUCCAAGGGUCCGGUAUUGUCGGAAGUGCAACCAACUAAAACCACCCCGGUGCCAUCAUUGUUCUGUUUGUGGGAGGUGUGUGCUGAAAAUGGAUCAUCAUUGUGUGUGGGUUGUCAAUUGUGUUGGGGCCUUGAACUACAAGUAUUUCCUUCUUUUUCUGUUCUACACAUUCUUGGAAACAAGUCUUGUGACUUUAUCAUUAUUACCGUAUUUCGUAGCGUUCUUCAGUGAUGGAGAGAUACCUGGGACACCGGGCAUGGUGGCGACCACUUUUCUUGCCUUUGUGUUAAACCUAGCUUUUGCAUUGAGCGUAUGUGGUUUUCUGAUUAUGCACAUCUCUUUGGUGGCUGCUAAUACCACAACUAUUGAGGCAUAUGAGAAGAGGUCAACUCCUAGAUCGCGAUAUGACCUUGGUUGUAAGAGGAACUUUGAACAGGUAUUUGGGAUGGAUAAGCUAUACUGGUUCAUCCCAGCGUAUUCAGAAGAAGAUUUGCGGCGGAUGCCUGUACUUCAGGGUCUUGAGUACCCAUCAAAGCCUGACUUAGAUGCUCAAGGAUUGUAACGGUCAUCUACAUGGCAUCUGAAGAAGUUCUGGUUCCUUUUUCUUUGUAUCAGUAACUGAGUCGUCCCCAUAACCUGUUCUACCCUUAAUAAGUUAAUUGAACUAGCUGUUAGUAGAAAUGGGCUCCAAAAAAUUGGUCUCAAGGGUAUCUCGGUGGAUAACUGUUUCCUUAGACGCAAAGUUCAAUGUGUGCAGUGAAGCAGGUCGGGUGUAAAAGUACCUGGAUUGCUGGUAAACAGGGCUUGAUGCUGACCCUUAGGCUGUGGCUUUUUAUCAUGGAUUUUGGGAGGAAUUUACCGAGGGAAAGGGAAAUGAGAGGGAAACUAAAGAACUAAUUUUAGUAGCUUUUUACCUGAUCUAAUUACCUCUUCGUUUCCUCCGUAAAUCCCUCAGCGAAUCUAUGAUCCAAACACAUCCUUUAACUGAUAUGGUGGACCGUUAUUUGGGAAAUCAGGGAGCUGUAAGCAUGCUGAUGUACCUGUAAAUUUUGUACACUUUCACUGGAAAUAUAGAGUUAUUGCUACUUGGUCACAUAGCGAAAAUGGUGCGUGUUAGCUAUUCUUUUUCACGAUUUCAGUAUGUAUAGGCUAAAUGCUUGUGGGAUCGGAGUUAUACACAUAUAAUAUUGUUGGGCCUGCCUUGGCAACAUUUUUCUUCAUUCUGUUUUCAAAGAUGUAAAAGAUCACAUUCGUUGUUGAAUGGGUUCCAACUUCUGAUUCUUGUUUA